ACACUACCAGUAUACAAGAAGUAUACUAUAGACAGACUCUCAAUACCCUUAGAUAUAAAAAUGUACCCAUAUCAACUUUUGAGCGAGCUGUUACCUAUUAUAUUAGAGCUCAAACUGAAACUGAUUCCUUCCAAAAGAAAUUUCAAG